AUGGCCCAGGGAGUACGGUUCACGUUUAACAGCUUGAGAGGGAUACAUGCAGGAACGCACCAGGACACACGCCACAGUCAUUGCAUUCUGAAAGGCAGACUAGACAGUGGUAGCCCAGAUAAUAUACUGCACCAUAAACCCACACACACACACACAGAAAAGCAUCCAAGAAAAAAGGACUGCAGGUGAAAUUACAUAACAGUCAUAGCUCGUCUCCCAGAGUGAUAUCAUCAUCAGAGCAGGAUUAGAGCAAGGGGGUGAGGGCACUAAUCUGGUGAAGAGAGGGCGAAAAUGAGAGAAGAGGAUGGAUACCAGACCCUGGCCUAAAUGAAUGCGCGCAAACAGAUCAGCAGACAACUUAAUAACAUGGAGAGGAUUAUCCAUUGUUCAAAACUAACGGUGGGAAGAAUGCAGGAAUCCAGCUGAGACAGAAACCGUGUUUGUGAGGGUUGUUUUCGACCCAGAGCUCUUUCGCCCGAUCGCAGCUCGUACUGUCCCAGUCUCCUUUGGAACUGCAAAGACCAGGAUUCUCUUUGUUUUUGUAUGGUUUACAGCUGGAGCUGAUGCUCAGCCCACAAGGCACUCAACAAGUCUCACCUACGGAUGAAAAGAUGUACCAGAUCCCAGAUCUACCUCGACUCCCCUGAGUAGGAAUUCUCCGACUCAAAACAAGAAGACAACUAUCAGCUACUGCACGGAGUGAAGUAGAUUGCACUGACCUCUGACCUGUCCUUUUGGUUGGAGGAUGUGCUCAGCGGAGGUGACUUUCCGCAUGGACAAUAUGGAGGUGAAGGACGAGUGGCAGGAUGAAGACUUCCCCAGGCCUCUGCCAGAAGAGGGGGAACUGGAGAACCACUGUGGUCUCACUGACCACAGAGUCGCUCCGCCCACCACUCUGAAUGUGGGUGAGUCUGCCGUCCAUCGGAAACGCCGUACGCUCGUGGCUCCGGAGAUGAACUUGUCCCUAGACCAGAGUGAGGGAUCAGUGCUCUCAGAUGACUUCCUGGAAACGCCCGAUGACCAGGACAUCAACGUGGAUGACAUUGAGACCCCUGACGACAAUGACUCGCUUGAAUUUAUCAACAACAGCAACGAGUUGGAGUGGGAAGAUGACACCCCAGUGGCGAGCGCCAAGAGUCUGCCUGGCGACCACGAAGAGGAGGACAGCGCUGAACGCCUUUGGAGGACCGUGGUCAUCGGGGACCAGGAGCAGAGGAUAGACAUGCAGGUCAUCAGGCCCUACCUGAGGGUGGUCACGCACGGAGGUUAUUAUGGAGAGGGGCUGAAUGCCAUCAUAGUGUUUGCUGCCUGCUAUCUCCCUGACAGCAGUUGUGAGGACUAUACCUACAUCAUGGAGAACCUUUUCCUGUAUGUGAUCAGUAGCCUGGAGCUGCUGGUAGCUGAGGACUACAUGAUCAUCUACCUGAACGGAGCCACACCUCGCAGGAGGAUGCCUGGCAUCAGCUGGCUGAGGAGGUGCUAUCAGAUGAUUGACAGGAGGCUGAGGAAAAAUCUGAAGUGUCUGAUCAUCGUUCAUGCCUCCUGGUUCAUACGUACCGUUCUGGCCCUCUCCAGACCUUUCAUCAGUGUGAAGUUCAUGGAUAAGAUCCGGUAUGUUCAGACCCUGAAGGAGCUGAGUCAGAUCGUCCCGAUGGAACACGUCCAGAUUCCGGAGUGUGUGCUGCAGUACGACGACGAGAAGAUAAGAGCAAGGCUGGAGCAGGAACAGCCAACUAAGCUUGGCCCUACAGAGAGGCCAAAAUCGAUGCUAUACGACGCUGGGCGUGACAUUUGACGUGAGUUGGCCCCAUAUUCACCCUGCAUUAAACAUUCCGGAGGCUACAGUGGAAAGGUGAAGUGGACCCGUGUGUGCGAAGCUUGAUCUUGACAUAUCAUCAACGUUUCCAAUCCUGUCCCCCAUUGAGAUACCAAGGCAUGCACUCUGUUGUCAGUGUGAUGGGGCGGGCACAUCUGUAGCACAGUGGAUCUUUCAGGGGAGACGACAAACGCCCUGCUACACAGACUAAUGCAGCACGUAAACACCUCUGAAACAGCUCAGAGAAAGAACUCCUAUGUGUCCAACGUUCCAGCUUAUUUCCUGCAAAUGAAAACUCCUCGCUUCACGAACCUUCAGUCCUACGUCUGAACGUUUCAGCACAAUCUCCAAUCCCUCUUUGCAUGGACAGCUGAGUUUCACCUGUGGUUUGCCUAGUAGCCUAAUGCAAAGAUCACAUACUGUUUUACCUGACCAGGCUGGAUGAGCAUUUUGAAAUGGAUUAUUUUCCAAAAAGAAAAGUUCAAUGCAGUAUCAUAAAUGUCAUAGUACCUUCAUGAAACAGUACAGUGUGACAAACUGUUUUGUGAUUUUGUAUUAAGGUUAUGGUUUUUGUUUUAUGUACAGUAAGAUGUGAUACAUGAAAGGUUUGGUUUCCUACAAUUAUUUAAUUCACUAUAAUUAUAUUAUUGGUAACUGAUAACUUACUAAAGGAAGUGACAUUGACUGUUUUAAUCAGAUAAAGGCAGCUACAGUACGGCGUGUGUUUAUUUAUUGUGUGCCAGAGAUUAAUUGCCAUGUGUUCUAUAAGGGUUUGUGGGUAAUAUAUGGCAUGCUGUUUUAUAUCCUUUUCAUCUGUCAAUGAUAAAACGUAGUUUCCUGCUCUUGAUUAUAGAUAUUUCAUAUAGGGACACAGUACAUCCCAUUCUUCCUUGUAUUAAUGCCAACCUUCAUUUGAGAGUUCUGCAUUACUGUAAACAAACUAGACCAUUGUUAGGGACAAGAUUAUAUAUUUUGAAGUCAACUGAUUUGCUUACAUUCCACGUUAAAUGUGCCAUGAAUGAAACUAUAAAUAAAAUAAAUGGUAC